AUGCCAAUUGGGGAAGUUGGAGAAAUUAUCCACAACUUCGCCAGCAGCAAAGGCCUGAAAGUCGUGGCGGACUUCUGCGGCCAUUUUAUUGGCCGUCGGCUGCACUUGCCUCCCCUUGUGCCUCACAGCGCUCCAAAUGACGCCAAAGGGGUAUUCAAGGUCGGCCAGACCUUCACCAUCGAGCCAAUUCUGACAGAGGGCAGCGGCGACAUUUACUGCUGGGCCGACGGCUGGACUGUAUGUACACAAGACGGAGGCCGUUGCGCGCAGUUUGAACAUACACUCCUGGUGACUGAAGAAGGAGCAGUUCCUUUGACAGUGCCGACUGGUUCCUGA